AUGUAAUAAAUUUAUAGGUGAGAUCCAUAAAUACAAGAAGGCUGAAUAUAACCCACAAAUGCCAAUUUCGUUACAUUCCAGCAAAUGAUCAAUAUCACAUCAGUAGGUCAAAAGUUACUUCUUAAGUUCUGGAAAUGAAGAACACACCAAGUCCUCAUAAUCUGCACUCAAACAGAAGAAAACCAAUUUCCAAUUUCCAAUAUGAAGAUGGCAACAGCAACAAACCCAAGCACCAGAGAUUUGCUGCCCUGAAGGCUGCUGUGAAGAAAGUUGCUGGCGUUUUCAAAAUUCUUCUUUUUGGACAAAGAGAGGCCAUCCCAAAAGGUGCUGCUAUGAUUGAUGCAAGAACUAAUACCCGAAUCAGCGGGAUUUCCUCUUCAACUGAUAUUUCAACAGGGAGUGACACUAAGAGCUCAUCAAAGUUUAAGCUCUCUCAGUCCAAUAAUUCGUCAAGUGCUCGGAGUGGAGUAAUUGAGACGAAGAAUUUUUCUUACGAAGAGAUUUUCAAAGCAACCGAAAAAUUCUCUCCAGCGAAUAAGAUUGGUGAGGGUGCAUUUGGAACAGUGUACAAGGGAAGGCUUGGAGAUGGAUCUCUUGUUGCUGUAAAGCGUGCCAAGAAGGCCACAUAUGACAAGCUCAUAGCAUUGGAGUUCAAGAAUGAGAUACUUACCUUGUCCAUGAUUGAACAUCUGAAUUUGGUAAGGUUAUAUGGAUAUUUGGAGCAUGGAGACGAACGGAUUAUAGUGGUUGAAUAUGUUGGCAAUGGAACGCUUCGGGAACAUCUGGAUGGUACACUGGGAAAUGGACUUGAAGCCGGAGAACGUUUGGACAUUGCUAUUGAUGUGGCUCAUGCAGUUACCUAUCUUCACAUGUAUACAGAUCCUCCGAUAAUCCACCGAGACAUCAAAUCAUUAAACAUCCUCAUCACAGAGAAAUUUCGGGCUAAAGUGGCGGACUUUGGGUUUGCACGAUUGUCAGCAGACCCCAAUGCAACUCACAUUUCAACUCAAAUAAAAGGAACAGCAGGAUACUUGGAUCCCGAGUACCUGAAGACUUAUCAACUCACUGAAAAGAGUGAUGUUUAUUCCUUUGGUGUCUUGCUUGUAGAACUGAUGACAGGAAGACGGCCCAUCGAACCACAAAAGCCAGCCAAUGAAAGAUUAACAACAAGAUGGGCAAUGCAAAUGUUGAAACGAGGAGACGCCAUACUCGUCAUGGAUCCAAAGCUACGGAGAAAUCCAGCAUCAACCAUGGCGUUGGAGAAAAUUCUCAUGCUAGCUAAGCAGUGCCUUGCACCUUUAAGACAGUCAAGACCCUCCAUGCAAAAAUGUGCUGAAAUCUUAUGGGGAAUUCGCAAGGACUUCAGAGAAAAAGCCCUCUCUGCUUCUUCUACACCUCACUACUCUGCCAAUUUUCCUGUGAGAGAUGCAAAGAAGACUCGGCAGACAUCAUUUGGGAUUGAAGAUGGCGAUAGCUAUAAGUUUAUCUCUGCCUAGCUAAUAAGAACUUAAAGGAAUUUUUUUGCUCACACAUUGUUUUUUCUUUUGUUCAUGCAUUACUAGAUCUAUGUAAAGUCUUAUGUACAAAACCCAAUUAUUCAAUAUUGAAUUUGAAUGGCAAUCAGAUUUUAUGUU